AUGUCGGAGACGGCGGUAACGUGUAAUAUCUGUGGCUCACCGUACACUUUACCCGAAGAUGAGGCUGUGGGGAAUCUGCCGCACGUGCUGUUGUGUGGGCAUAUCUUCUGCUGCACGUGUCUGCGCGCGCUACAGUCCCUGGGCAACGUCAUCACGUGUCCAGAAUGUCAGAUGGACACCAGAACUAGCGAGGAAGGAGUUGAUGGUUUAGAGGUGGACAGCAGAAUCAUUGGCCUCAUCUAUACAGCACGCAUGAACACAAAGAAAGGGCAUUCAGGAGACAAAAGUGCCAAAAAGUUUAGGAGCCCACCCUCAUCUGCAGCUGUCCACGCUGAGGAGAAUGCAGAAGGGAAGCCAGAUGUAGUGAAAGUUUUGGAUGAAGCUCUCAUAAAAGCAUCAGAAAAUCUGAACCAACUUGAUAAACUGCACCAGACUCUUGCCAAUGGUGUUCAUUGUCAGCUGAGGAAAGAGAGAUCUCGAAUCAUCAGAGAGAUUGAUGAGGCGGUAGACAAAGCAAAGAGCAUUCUGCUGAAAAGACGGUCUAUGUUAGUGUCAACAUUGAGCUCUGUGGAUCUUCUCUUCUCGGGAGGUCAGAUGGAGUGUAAAAGAAUAGAAGAGAGAGUAAAGGAACUGCGCACAGCCAUUCAGAAAGCACGACAUGUCCGUCAGGUUCCUUCUCUAGAGACCUACUGCGACCUAGACAAGAUCUUGGAGACGUUGCACAUUCCAGUGGAUCUUGAGUCGUACGACACGAGCUCUCUGACACUGCAUUCAGGACUCAGCUGCCAUCUUCAGGUGGAUGGAUUUACUGAAAGUGUAAAAGUCUUUUUUAAAAUCACAGAUAACGAUGAUAACUGUAUUGUAGAGGAAGUUACAGUGGAGCCUUUCCAACACGUUGUGAAGAGCGGUGUUGAGAUGUGGGACAAUUCCAGUCAUUCUGUUCAGAGGAAAGCAGAUGCCAUUCCCAAAAAGAUAAAUAACACACGCAGGUUCAUGGAGAAAAUGAUGGAAGACACUUGUCCAGAGAUAGUGGAAACACGUGUGAAUGCAGGGCUUGGACGCAGUUUGCCAGUUCAUGAACCAAGGCGCAUGGAACGGUACAACAAAGGCUAUAGAAAACAACGCAAGCCACAGAAUGAAAAGCCAACAAAUCCACAGCCUAAAUUGGUGCAGUAUGUUGUGACAACCCACAUUGUAAACCCUGGACAUUUCUAUGUGCGCUAUCUGGCAGAACACAAGUUAGGCCAAAAGUUAAGCAAAAAGAUUGGUGAAUUCUGCUCAGGGGAACGUAGUUUCUUCACUUUCAGUGAUGAAAUUACGACAGGCUCUCAGCUGUUUAUCAGUUGGAAGGAUGAUAUGUGGUGUAGGGUGAAAGUGACCGAGCUCUUUCAGAAAGAGUGUUUCCAGAGUGUGACCAAAUGUCUAGCUUCAGAAGUCUCCCGUCUGUCCGUUUACUUCUUGGACUAUGGCUUCUCCAAAGGCCUCUCUAUCCCAAGCGAUGGAGGUUUAAGUGGGCUGAAUGAGUGUCUGCGGAGACCUGAUGGAAUUACUCUGAUUGAAAUGGCUAACUGGGCUCCUCUCGCCAUCAAAUGUUGCCUUAAAGAUAUCAUUCCUUCAGACCUGGUGAAAGGGUGGAGUUCAGAAGCAAGCGAGGAGAUGAGGAAUGUGCUGCGCAAUGAGACUGCAGAGAUGCAGGUCUUCGGUGAGGAUGGAGACGCACUGUUAGUGGAUCUGAAGAAAACCUCAAUGGCGGAUCUCAAAAAAAACUCAAUGGUGUCUCUGCGUGAGCACCUGGUGUUCAUGGAGCUGGCCAGAUUCUACUGUCCCGUGAUAACCACUGGCAGUGCACCCCUGCUCUUCUACCCUUCAGUUCAGCCUUCACUCAAUGUAGAGGUCAAUGCUAUGGUUUCUCAUGUUAACACACUAUCAGAUUUCUAUGUACAACUAGUUGAAAAUACAGAGUACCCACUGUUGCACUCGAAGCUUCAGGACAGUUACAACCAGCCCAAGUCAAACAAUGAGUGCCAGGUCUACUGCCCUUCUCUCUCACAGGCCUGCGUCGCUUUCCAUAACCAAGAAUGGUCCAGGGUUCAGGUCACAGGGUUCCCUGGUGGCCGAAUGGUGGAGGUUCGGUUUGUGGACUUCGGAUACAAAAGGACUGUCUCUGUGAAAGAUCUGAGACAUAUAAAGGAUGAGUUCUUUGUUCUGCCAGAAAUGGCCUUGUGGUGCAGCCUGGACGAUGUGGUCAGUUCUCAGGAAACAUGGGCUAAUGAAGCCUGUAAAAGCUUUAAAGAACUCGUGGAGGGCAAACUUAUGACUGUUGUGGCUAAAAAGAAUGUACCGAGCUCCAAACCAGUGCCUGUGUGUCUGUUUGAGAUCAGUGACGAUUGUACUGGAGCUAGUAUUGGAGAUGAACUGGUCAAAAAGGGUUAUGCAGUUUAUAAUAAAGAGACCCAGGUUAAAGAUGCCCAGCCCUUGGAGACGACCGCAUGGGACCCUCCAUUUGAAGAGGAAGCUCUGCCUGGGAUGACUCCCUCUACUUCUGAAGAGCUGAAGCCCAGCUUGAGUCUGCCGAGCUGUCUCAAAGACAUCCGAGUUCGUGUGACACACGUCACUUCCCCUGGAAACAUCUGUGUGCAGCUGCUCCAGUUUGACAACCAGCUGAAGAGAAUUCACGACACACUGAAGAAUCUCUUCUCCAAGUCCGAGCCACAGGAGAUGCAAUGGGAAGCAGAGAUGUAUUGUGCUGUCAACAACACUGGGGUUUGGGAAAGAGGACAAGUGUGUUGUGUGUCUACUAGUGGCGUUGCAGAGGUUUUGCGCUGUGACUUUGGGAAUACAGUCAAACUCCAUGUGGACAACCUCAGACCCCUCCAUCCUGAUCUGAUUGGAUCUUUCUUGCUGGAAUGUAACCUCAGUGGUGUGAGGCCUGCUGGCGGUCGCUCCACAUGGACCGCCACAGCAUGUGAUUUUAUCUCUCACUACUUGACCGGUGCCAUGGCUUUAAUGGCUAUAAAGGAGCCUUCCACCAGACCAGUGCUGGUUUCUCUGUUUUGCUCCAAUCGGGCUGGUCAAAAUGUCAGUUUUGCAGAUUUCCUCAUCAGUGAAGGACUUGCUCUGAAGGAGAGAAAGGCUGAGAUGGUCUUUUCAGAAGAGAGUGUAUUGAUUACGGGGCCACAGCCGAUCACAAGCCCAACACAGACUCCACCCACAACCAGCCGCCGCAUCAACCCACCACCGGAGAGGGUGAAGACACACUCGUACCCUCCUCCAGAGCUGCCUCCCUGUGGACACAUUCUCAUGAGCAUCUCUGCUGUCUCAGAACAGGGUGUCAUUUACGCAAUGACGCAUCAAGCAGUUUGUGAGUUUGAUCGCUUACGAGAGCGUCUGCAACAGCACAUUAAAACCCUCCCGAGACAAAAGAACUACAACUGGAAAGGAGUUUUGGGCUGUGCUGUUAUGGGAACUGACAUGUUCUGGUACAGAGGUCAGGUGCAGGAAGUUAUUGGAGGACAUGUAAAGGUUCGAUAUGUGGAUCAGGGACUGGUAGAGAGUAUUCCUGUUUGUCACGUGUACCCGAUGGUUCUCUGUGAGGAUGUACCACAGCUCUGUGUGCCUUGUCAGAUAAAUGGAGUCUUACCGAUUGGCAAGGGAUGGCAGUGGGACGCAGUGGUGCUCAUGAAGGAGUUGCUACUUGGACGUUCAGUCAGUGUCCAAAUUAUGGAACACCCAGAGGAUCCAUGUGGCUGUGUUACGGUGGACAUAAUGGUGGAUGGCAUGGCACUUAGCAAGAUAAUGGUUCACCAUCAGUAUGCCACGUUUGACCCUGCUAUCAGCAGCCAGGAGGAUUAUGUGGUUAAGCCUCCUAUGCCAGAUUUGGAUGACUGGGAUCUAAACACAGAGGGGUUGGAGGAGCAGCGGCCUGUUCUAGGGGUCUAUAAAGAGCUCCAUAUUCCUAAAGAAAGAAAACAUUUCCCUGCCAAGGUCAAGCAUAUCCGCACACCGAAUGAGGUGUUCCUGUGUGUCCUGGACAAGAGUCUGUGCAAACUGGAGCAGGAUGAGAGUAUGGAGGAAACUCUUGAACAAGUGAAUGAGAAUAUUGAAAAUCUGAGCCUGCUGACAGACUUCCCCAUUGAGUGUCUCUGUUUGGCCGAGUACAGUGAUGGUAAAUAUUAUCGUGCGAAGAUUCUGGAAUUUUCUGAAGUCACUCCCUCUGUUAAGCUACUUGUGAGACAUGUGGAUUUUGGCUCAGAUGACAUCAUACCAUUGCACAAAUUGCGGCAACUCCCUGCAUCCCUUCACCAUUUCCCAUGUGCAGCGGUUUACGUCAAGUUGGCAGGCUUCAAACCAACAAACGUUUCCUCGGAUUUGGAGCGGAUUCCUUAUUCCCUCGAUUGGACUAUAAAAGCCAUGAUGGAGAUGAUUGACCUGUUGAACGGAGAGCUCACUGCAGUGGUCACCGCUACCAAACCACAACUGACUGUGCUGCUGUACAAUGCGGAUGGGACACUUGUCCACACACCUCUAGUGGAAAAAGGCCUUGCUGAUUAUGAAUAACUCUUAGAAUGUUUCUGCAGGUUGUGCCUGUGAUGCGGUUGAACGUCAACUUAGAAGCUUUUAAGACAGAAGUACAAUUAUGUUUGUGGUGUUGUCU